ACGAAGAUCAUUAGAAUAAAUUUGAAAUAUCUCCCAAAAAAAUUAAAUCUAAUAACAAUUUUCCUCAGAACCAUUUCAUCAUACAAAAGAUCACUGUGAGUAACGAAUAAAUGUAUGUAGGGGGUGUAUAGACAUAGUGUCAGUCACAUUUCAAUCCAAAAUGAGCUCACAGAGAGCUAAAGUUUUACUAAAAAGCGCUAAGAAGUUAUUCGAACAAACAAUAAUUUUGAAAGAUACACGGAUUUUUUGUGCUCUUUAAUUUUUAUUUUAAUUUCAAAUCUUAAUAAUGUUGCACUUAAUUUAGUUUGUAGUGUUUAAUAAUUUAAAGCAAAAUGGAAUCGUGGAAAAGUGUUGAAAAUGAUUUUUUGUUUGGAAUAGCCAAACAUAAUUUCCAACAAAACGAUAAGCCACACCGAUUAUGUUUAGAUGUCGGUGACAGUUUAAUAAUCACUCGUGAAAGUACUCAUUGGUAUUAUGGAUUCAAGAAAAAAAAUCGCUUAUUAAAAGGUAUUUUUCCAAAAAAUUAUGUUCAUCUUAUUACCGAUGUUGAGAUCGUCCGAGGCGAAUAUGUUAUUAAACGCAGUGAAAUUGUCGACGAAAUAACAACAAUUUUAAAAGAAUGGCACGAGCACUUUAAAAAGUACUUUUUGACAAACAACAGCAGUUUGAGAGCGUUUCGUGAGAAGAUGCUUGAACUAAUUAAAUUGCGAUCGCAAAUACUAUCAGGAAACUUACCAGUCGACGAAAUGAAAGACAUCAAAACGAAAGCAACAUCGGAAAUUGACACAGGAAAUAAACUGUUGGGUCUCGACAUGGUCGUUCGUGAUGAUAAUGGUAAUAUACUUGAUAUAAAUCAAACAUCAACGACACAACUGUACGAGCAACAUGUCCAAGCCACAAAUCGUAUUAGACGUGCUACGACUGAAAUCAACAAAAAUCAACCGUUAAAAUCCACGAACAAAUUUUCGCAUAAUUUAUUGAUAUCUGUACAUAAUUUUGUCUGCAAAGUGAACGAGGACACGGAGUUACUUUUUACACUUUUCGAUGGUGAUAAAUUCAAGCCAAUAACUGAAAAUUAUCUCAUAAAAUGGAAUCGGCAAGGCAUUGCACCAUAUUUUAAUAACUUGCGUGCACUUUUUACCGAUUUAAGUUCAAUGGACCUGCAACGUAAAAAAUUUUAUCUCGUAUGUUAUGUGAUACGAAUCGGAUCAAUGGAUAGUAAAGAAGCUAAUCCAAGAGGGAGCGUGACUGGAACAAUGUUAGGCAAGAGACAAUCUUCACAAAGUCAUAAUAGCUCAGUUGUAAGUUUAAAUGAGCUUCUUAUGCGACGUCCUUUUGGUGUUGCUGCAUUGGACCUGACACCAAUCAUCAAAAAGUCAGAAGAUUUCAAAAGUGAUACACAAUUAUCAAUGCCUUUUGUGUCGUGUGAAAAAGAAUCACUCGACAUGACAUUAAGGAAAUUGUUUAACAAUAAAGACAUUGCAAAGGAUGGUUCAAAUAUAUGGAUAAGUGUUGAGCUGCUUCACGGUGACUUAAAGCAAAUUAAAGAAGAAUAUCCACAUUUGAUUAGUGUUAAUAACAUGUCGCAUGCUCGUAAAAUGGGAUUUCCUGAAGUCAUUUUUCCGGGCGACGUUCGAAAUGAUUUGUACGUGACAUUGGUAAAUGGUGAAUUUUCAAGGAGUACGGGUAAGACAGUCGAAAAGAACAUUGAAGUGAUAGUGUCAGUGUGCAAUGAGAAUGGUGAGAUAGUGAGAGAUGUAAUAUGUCAAGGGGGCGGUUCGCAUAUGAUGAGCGAAUAUCAUUCAGUAAUUUAUAGACAUGAUGAUAAACCGAAGUGGAAUGAGACAUUUAAAAUUAAUGUGCCAAUUGAAGAGUUUAUAAAAUGUCAUUUAAAGUUUUUGUUUAAACAUCGAAGUUCAAAUGAGUCAAAAGAUAAAAAUGAGAAACCAUUUGCAAUGUCUUUUGUUAAAUUACAGCAAGAUAAUGGAACGACUUUACAGCAAGGAACACAUCAGCUUGUCGUUUAUAAACUUGACCAUAAGAAAAUGGACUCAAAUACACAAUUCAAUUACUAUUCACUACCAUCGCAAAGUUUUGAAUUGCUUGCGACACCAAAGCCUUCAGCACCGGGAUUUACGUUGGCCAAUAAAGACAAUUAUACAAUUGACAUCAAUUUAUGCAGUACAAAGUUAACACAAGACGUGGAUUUACUUGGAUUAUUAAAAUGGUCGACAAAUCCAGAAAGACUUGAUUUGUCACUGAUACAAUUAUUAAAGGUAUCACCUGAAGAGAUCGUCAAAUUUCUUCAAGACAUACUUGAUGCUCUUUUUGAAAUCCUAACUCAAAAAGAAAUUCCCUUUCGGUACGAUAAUCUCGUAUUUCAAUGCCUUAUAAUGCUGAUUGAAAUUGUGAGCGAUAAAAAGUAUCAGCAUUUCCAGUCAGUUUUAGAUCUCUACAUAAAUGAGAGUUUCUCAUCAACUUUAGCUCACGAUAAGCUUAUAGAAGUCCUUGAAAAUCACUUUUAUGAUGCCUUUAGCUCAGCACGUGAGUAUGAGGAUCAUUUAAGUGGGGAAAAUGACGCAGAAUAUGAGCGCAAGCUUUUUAAGACAAUCAAAAAUUUACAAUACAUUAUGAAGUUCACGAUCAAAUCGAGGAUACUGUACGCAGAAUUUUAUCAGGAUCGAGGACGAUUCACUUUUGAGACGAGAUUGGAGGAACUGUUGGGAUUAUUUGUGCAAUUAAUACAAAUGAAAAAUUCAUUAUUGAUAUCGCAAGGUGCCAUUUUUAAAUGCUUACACAUCAUUGCUUCUGAUCUGUUGGAGGUUUAUGAUCCCUUGAAAUUGAGCAAUUUCAUCGUUGAAAUUAUCACUAAACUCCCACCAGGUCGACUAACCCAAUGCAAAAUGAAGUGUAUUAAGGAUAUUGUCGGUUCAAAGAUCUUCCGGAUGCCAUUAUGUCGAGGAAUUCUGCUGCCAGUAUUUUGUAUGCAAAUAAAAGACAAAUUAGAAUCAAAGGAAGAGGGGGACAUCAUGUCAGAUAUUUGGCAACAAGAGAAAAAUCUUACAAAAGCUGCAAAAAUAUUGGGCGAAUCAAAGUCCCAACUUCAUGCACGCGAAUCAACUGCAAAAACGAAGGUCGCUGAGUGUGUUAGCAUAAUGAACAACAUAUUAGAACUGUUAUUCUCCAAAGAUAUUGGCGAAACAGAUAAUGACAUACGCGACAUUAUGUUAAUUUUAUUGCGUACAGUGAUUCAAUCAUCAAUUGCAAUGGAUCGUGAUAACCCACUAGUCGGUAAUUUAGUUGCAAUUAUGUUGGCCAUAUUCAGGAGUAUGACAGAGAAUCAUUACAAGAUGUAUGUCAAUCACUUUAAUACACUAUACGAUCUUCAGGAUUUCCUUCAUGAGAUUUUAUUGGUAUUCAAAGAGCUCGUUUCUAAGCCCGUAUUUCCGUCAGAUUGGCUCGACAUGAUCAUGCAUCAAAAUACAGUCAUACUCGAGAGCCUUCGACAUUUCGCGAGAAUAAUUCGCGAAAGCUUUUCAGAUCCAUUUGAGAAGCAAGUUUGGUCGAACUUCUUCCAUUGUUCAAUUGCAUUUUUGACACAGCCCGCAUUACAAUUGGAUCAAUUUACAAAUAAUAAGAAGUCAAUGAUAUUGACUCGAUAUUGCGAUAUUCGUCGUCAGACAGCAACCGAAAUUUGUAAUAUGUGGUAUAAUUUAGGACAACAAAAGCAGCUCUUUAUACCUCAAAUGGUUGGACCAUUGCUAGAAAUGUCAAUGGUCAGUGAAACAGAACUUCGAAGAGAGACGAUUCCAAUAUUUUUCGACAUGAUGCAAUGCGAAUAUUUCUCAUCGAGAUUAAUUCAGGAAGGCUAUGGUGAUACUAAGCGCAAUCAGUCACAUAUUCGUGGAAAUUUCCGAGAGUUUGAGAAAGAGAUGAUUGAAAAGCUCGACAUUUAUGUCGAAGGAGGUCGCGGUGAUUAUGAAUAUAAAGAUUUAUUCUAUAAUAUUAUGACAGAUUUAUGUCAGAAACAUGUUGCACUACAGCAUGAUGGAGUUACAUUCGUUCGAAUGGCAACGAAUCUAAUGGAGAGAUUAUUAGAGUAUCGAUUCCUGAUAAAUGAUGAGAGUAAAGAGAAUCGCAUGGCCUGUACCGUGAGUUUAUUGCAAUUCUAUUUAAAAGUCAAUCGAGAGGAAAUGUAUAUCCGUUAUGUCAACAAGUUAUGUGAUCUUCAUAUGGAAUUUGAUAACUAUACAGAAGCUGCAUUUACUCUGAAAUUACAUAGUAAUUUACUUCAGUGGGAUGACACCCAAUUACCACCAUUAUUGAGAAGUUGCAGGUUCCCACACUGUAUGACACAUAGAUUAUUAAAGGAAGAGUUGUAUACAGAGAUCAUUAAGUUCUACGAUAAUGGAAAGAUGUGGGAAUGUGCAUUAGAAGUUUGCAAGGAACUAGCUCAGCAAUAUGAGUUUGAAGUUUUCGAUUAUAUUCAGUUGAGUAAUCUGCACACAAAAAUGGCUGAUUUCUAUAAGAAAAUCAUAUCAGAAAUCCGACAUGAAGCAGUAUAUUUCCGUAUGACAUUUUAUGGCUUAGGAUUUCCCGAACUUUUAAGAAACAAAAGUUUCGUUUAUCGUGGUGAGAAGUAUGAGCAAUUGUCAUCAUUCUGCUCAAGAAUUUUAAAUCAGCAUCCGAAAGCUGAACUGAUGCAGACAUUAGAAAAACCUAGUGAUGAAAUCAUCAACAGUGACAAGCAAUAUAUACAAAUUAAUAAAGUUGAACCUAUCAGUAAUGAGGCCAUUUUGAAGGCACAUGAAAAUAUGCCAAAUAGAAUCAUUCCAGCACCAAUAAUUAAAUACUACAAAUCAAAUGGUGUUGAUGAAUUCAAAUUUUCACGUCCAUACCGUGAUUCAUCAAAGAAUUGGAUGUCAUCAAGUGAAUCAGAUAAUGUUGGGAAUCUUUGGCUUGAAAGAACAGUCAUGAAAACUUUAUAUCCACUGCCGGGAAUGCUUAAAUGGUUCCCUGUGACAACAUCUAGAACUUAUAACGUUUCGCCGAUUGAAUGCGCAAUUGAAAUGCUAGAAACUAAUAAUAAACAACUGUAUGAUUUAGUCUUUGAACAUCAAAAUGAUAGAAACUUGACACUUAAUCCGUUAACGAUGAAAAUUCAAGGGAUUGUUGAUGCGGCUGUUAAUGGCGGAACAGCAAAGUACGAGGAAGCGUUCCUCACCGAUGACUAUCUGAAAAUGAAUCCAAAAGACACGCGAUAUGUUGAGAACUUGAAAAACUUGCUAGCAGAACAAAUCCCAAUUCUAGAAGUCGCAUUGGCAGUCCAUAAAACAAAAGUAACACCUGUUAUGCUUCCUUUACAUGACCGAAUGGAAGAGUGCUUUGGUAAAAUGCAAGCUCACAUUGAGACGGAGUAUGGGAAAAGAACGACAGAUUUGAAAGUUGAGAAAGAUGCGAUUGUCGUGUUGAGGAAAGGAAUGCCACCAUUUGGAAAUGACAAUCGUUUAUCAGAAACAAGCAUGGGAUCGUCAGAUAGCGGAAUAUCAAGAAAUCCUGGUCGUCAGUUUUCGACAGCAUUCAAUCUAAAUAAGAUCAACAUCUUUCAACCGCAAUCAUUUUCUAGACAAACCAUCGCCCAAUUGGGUCCAUCUCCGAAAAUACAAAAAGCUAAAGACAAAACGCCACAGAAAAGGAAAAAUAGUCGAAAGAUGGAUAGAGAAACGCUAAACUUAUCAAAUAGUCAAUUUUACACGGCUGUCUCAAAUAUAACAAGUAUAUUAAGUCCUAUUGCUCAAACACCUGUUGAGAAAGAGAAAAUGGAAGCAUUCCCAUUAACAACAACAACAACAACACCAAUUGUAUCAAAUUCAAGCACACCAGUUUUUGAAUUGACUGAGGAGCUGACACCACAGAGGCCUUUGAGAUCCGAAGCUGAAAAAGAAAAGCGAUUGUCGCGAACACAAAGCAUCAUAACCACAAGUAGUAAUGGAACUGGACUUAUAAAAGUCGAUACAGUAUCAGUUUCGGGCGAAAGUAGCAACAGCAGAAAUUCAAUAAUUACUACAGAUUCACAAACAUCCGAAGAGGAUUUAGCACCGCCACCACUUCCACUAAAGCAUCGUGAUUCAGAUAUUGGACAUUUAUCAUUAACAGAUGAAUCACAAUACUCAGUAGCAAUGAGAGUAUCAGGAGGCUCAGAAGAUUACUUUGAGAAUCGACCACUACCCGCACUUCCAAAUCAUGACUUUACCAUACAUGAGAACAGUAACAACAGUAGUCAUUAUGAGGUUUUGGAAAUUAGAAAUAGGGAAGUGAUAAGUGAAAUGGAAGCAAGAUUAAGCAAGAAAUCACCCCCGAUUCCACCUCCAAAACCAUCGAGAAAUUCUAAAUCUCCGAUGUCACCAUAAAGACAGUUGGAAUCGAUAGAUUUUACUUCCUUUCACAUCACUGUGAUCUUAAAAAUUAAAUAAUUAUUUAAAUUCAUUUUAACAUAUUUUUGCGCACGAUCUCUUCCAAUCUUUCGUUAUCGUAAUUAUCCAAAGCAAAUUUUAAAUUAAUUAAUUAAUUAUAUAAAUAUUAUUAUUAUCGUAUGUAUACCAAAAUUUGACAUGAUUUAUGUAGGAAAAAUGAAUAGGACAAACGAAUGUGUAAUGUAUUGUAAUGUUGAGCUUUAUAUUUACAUAUAUUAUUAAUAUUUUAUAAAAGAUAGCUAUUAUAUAUAGCUUUAUAUAAUACAGGGGUUGUUCAUUAAUGACGUCCAUAAUUAUUAUGGAUUUUUGAGACCCCUCCCACCUUAUGCUGUUACUAAAUCUUUUUCGUCAUUUGUGGAUAACUCCUUAAGUCUUGGAAUGAGAGAUUUUAUUAGAUUCUUAUUGAGGUUCCAACACAGAACAGCAAAUUAAGGAACCUCCAAAAAUUGUAGUCGAUAGUGUACAAACUGAAAAAGAGCUACUUACUUUACAAUCUAUACAAUAAUGCUCUAAAAAUGUAAAUUUCCCAAUUUGAAAAAAAAAAUCAAAACUCGUAUUUUUAAAAAUCAAAAUCAAGGAGAUAUGUAGAAGAACAAGAUAUAUAUAUCAUGAAAAUUAGUGCCUUAACUUAAUGCUCCCAUGCAUUUCUUUCUAAUCAAGACAAAUAAUCCCAUUUUUUGCAAUUUAGAUGAACAAUCUGAGAGAAUUUUCAAAUAAACCAAAGUCAAUUUAUUUUGCAGAAUGGAGAUAAUCGAUGUAUUUACAAAUUUACAAAUUUGCAAAUUCAGUAAAUAAACUUUAAUUUUAUGUAGAAAAUAAAACAAAAAUACAAAUUUUAUGGUGAGAAAGUAUAAAAUAAAAUUUAAAUUUUAUUUAAAAAAAAUCUAUAAACUUUAAAUUUUGAUACAAAAUAAAUUAAGUAAUGUGAUAUGGUCAGGAAUUGAAUGAUCUUUGAUUAUGAUGAAUGUCAUGAUAUUUGGACGUGUCGUUAUUCAACAACUUUGUGUUUUAGAGAAAGUAUUUGUCAUCAUUUUGCAGAGUUUUCUGGCUUUUAUUCGCUUUAUUGUUGAUUUUAUGUCAAUUUUAAAUUUUUGAUUAAUUUAUUGGUUCAAUCGUAGUUGAUAGUCAAGAAAUCUAUUUCUUGAGUAUAUCUUUUCUAUAAUUGGAUUAUCUCAAUAGUAAGUCCUAAGGUUUUUUUUCCAUUCUAAAUCCGAGAACUAAUUCAAUAUUCGAUAGAUUUAAUCAAUUUACAACUCGAAAUAUUUUUUAAAUCGUCAAUAUUUUGCUAUAAACAAUUCUAUCAUAACCAUCGACCCACUCAUAUCCCCAACUCCUUGAUUCUAAGUUAAUUUCAUAAAUUAAGAUUAAAUUUCUUAAAAACUGUGGACAGCUCAUUCUCAAUCAUCUUCUUGCUCAUGCGGUUUUGAUUUUGAUUCUUUUCUAGUAAAUUAUAAAUAUUGCUGUAUUCGUCUUUUGGCGAUGUUGGAAUUGUGACUUUCUGUCGUCUUCUCAAUGUCACCUUACCGCUUUUUAGAUCAGCAAUUACAGCUUCUAGACCUAAAAUGUUGAAAAGAGUGGAAUAAAAUAAUUACGAUUAAGUUUAGUUGCUUUUUAAGAAGUGGGACAAGUUAAGACUAAUGCCUAUCAAAGUUUUCUAGAGAAUCUUCAUUAAUUUAUUCACCAUUAGACCCAAAUUUGUGCAAAUCAUUCAAAAAGAAUGCUAAAAAGUUAUCAAAAUAUCUCCAACACCAUACAUGAGAAAAAGUUGUCAUCACCAGUCAAUAAACAUUUCUUUUUUUAUGACUUCCGCUCACCGAAUUUAUUUUGUCGUGCGAUAUAGAAGAAGAGUUUCGCACUAUGUUGUGACAUGCAUGUUUUAUGAUCUUUUAACAAAGAUAAACAGGCAUUUCAUUCUUUUUUUUUUUUGAGGAAAUGAAAGUUGCGAUAAUUUCUUGAAGUUAUGAGGUAAGAUUAUUAAGUAGUUUAUAUAAGAUUUAUGCUGAUUUACAGUUGAGAUUGAUUAAAAUUGGGGAACGAAAAUGAAAAUCAUCUUAAAACUUUGAUGACAGUGUAAGAAAUAUAAAACAAAGCUAGACUGUCUGAUCGGUUAAUUUAUGCAAAUUUUUCAAAAAGAGAAAUAAGCAGUCAUUCAAAAACGACGUCCAUAAAUAAAUUAACUCGGAUUUUUAAGGUCUAUUGAAUUCUCAUUCAUACAUUUUUGGACUAGGUUUUUAAUACUAGUAUAAAUGCGUAAUUGUUGCAUUAAGUCAGGAUCUAUUAAGGUGCUACUCUUUCGUUUAGCCGAGUUCAAUUUUUUGCACUUUUUCCUUUCUUAACCCCUUUUCCCAAAAUAGUUGUUUUUUGUGUUUAUUACUAACAACUAGUCUGUUAUAAAAAACAAUAACAACUUACAGCUAGUUGUGUAGUUAAUUAAAUUUUUUAAAAUUUUUGAAAAUUACAACAACAACAUUACUCAUUCGUUUAGCCGAGCUCUGAAAAUUAUUAAAUUUUGAUCAAAUUAACAAGUUUAACCAAUGUUUUUUGAUUCUAAGCUGUAACAUAACAUGCAAUGAUACUUAAUUAUACUUAAUAUCAGAAUGAAAAUGCUUAAUUAAGCUACAAUUUAAUUUUCAAAAUG